UUCAGUCCAUUAAAAAUAAAAAAUAUCAUAAAAUAACCUGUCGAUUAAUUUUUGACAAGUAAUAAGUGAAUUUUUUUUUUUUUUGGUUUUGAACGGAAAAAAAAGAAAUAUUUUUUAUUAUGAUUUGUGCGCACGGAAAUUUUAUUCGCGAUUUAGAAGAAAUUGUCAAUGAGGCACAUCUUAUUAGUGACGAAUUUCAAAGUGAAAUUUGUCAGGCCAAAUAUCAAAUAUGGAAUCUUGUCUGUCAACAAAUUCAAAAUCUCAAAAAUAGAAAACAAUCGGACUUUACAAUACAUUGUCAACCGUGUCAAUCGAUAAAUUAUUACACUUGCGAACAAAUUGACGCGUUCACGGAACCAUGUCCUGAAUUAAUUUCACUUUGCGAUAAAAUAAGUGAAGAAAGUUUCGAAACACUCGCGAGCAAUGCGAUAAAUCAACAAAAUAAUAACAAUAAUCAUCAGGAAAAUGUGGAAUUUCAAAAUAGACUCGUCACAAGAUCAGUCACGCCAUUUAUCAUCGAUGAACAAAAUACCUUUGAAUCGCGUCCAAAUUCAUCAGUAAAUGGUUACUAUAAAUUUUCCAAGAGGAUCGGAAAAUUCCUCACAGCCCUCGUCAUUGGUUUUCUCGUUUGGAUCGCCUUAGUUUAUGGCGUUCUUCUCGGUGUUUCACUUUGUUCAAAUGGCACUUGCCUCUUCACUUAUACAAGAAGAACACCUGUACUUUAA